GACAUACUCACGGCAGCCAACGUUGUAGACACAAUACACACCAAAUUCAAGCCACUCAUCGGUUGAAACAAAAUACGGAUGGUAACUUGUUGCAGACAUUCUAAUGAAAUUGUCAUGGCAACGGAUGGGGUUAGUGCAGGACGGGGUGGCGUGGAGCUGGGAUUAAGAGUAGUAAGAUGCCGGUUAAAGUAUAUUUGUUUAUGCAUUUGUUGGUACUCCGACCACAACACAACGAAAUGACAGAGUAGCAGAACGUGUUGUGACCUUCUUCGUAUUGUAUUGCUUGUAAUUUGUGAUGUGGCAACGUUUUUGUAUACUUUUUCCCCAGUGCAUUAUGUGAAACCGUAUGUGAGGCCGGCUGGUCAUUGUAACUGUGAUAUUCCAAAUAGAAGUUUGAAUGAGAAUUGUACACAUAACCCCCAAGCUGUCAAAAAUCUUGCUUGUGCGCAUCUACGAGGAAGUUUAUUGUUAAAGUUGUAUUAAGUAGUUGUGGGAUUCUCAAAAAGAUAUUAAAAAUGACUUCCAGUAUGGGCAUAACGAUGACGCUAGCCAACAGUAUUAUUGGCGUUAGUGUCCUAGCAAUGCCUUUCUGUUUCAAACAGUGCGGAAUAAUUUUGUCAAUAGUUAUGCUCCUGCUAAGUAGUAUGCUGUCACGUUACGCUUGUCACUACCUUCUUAAAGCAGCAAUAAUGGCCAGGAGGAGGAACUUCGAAUUUUUAGCAUUCCACGCAUAUGGACCCACAGGAAAAUUUUUGGUUGAGCUCUGCAUUAUAGGUUUUCUGAUGGGCACAUGUAUUGCUUUCUUUGUGGUGGUUGGUGACUUGGGACCUGCAAUUGUUGCAAAGACACUAGGAGUUGAUGACUCAUCCAGACUGAGGUCCUCUGUUCUUGUUGGUCUGGCUCUCUUUGUGGUACUGCCUCUUGGACUGCUAAGAAACGUUGACAGUCUUUCAGCUAUUUCCAUGGCAACAAUUGGGUUUUAUGUCUGUCUGGUUUUGAAGGUUGUUGUUGAAGCACUGCCUCACUUGUUGGCUGGAGACUGGAUGGAGAAAGUCCAUCUCUGGCGGCCAUCUGGGAUCAUGCAGUGCAUUCCUAUAUUCUCCAUGGCACUGUCCUGUCAAACGCAACUAUUUGAAAUUUAUGAAUCUCUUUAUAAUGCUUCAUUGGACCGCAUGAAUGAUGUUAUAAAGGCUGCCAUCAAUAUGUGCACUGGAGUCUACAUUUGUGUUGGCUUCUUUGGAUAUGUUGCAUUUUGUACCCAGAAUUUUACAGGCAACAUACUUAUGAGUUUUGCACCUACAACUUCAAGUGAGAUUUUCAAAUUGGGAUUUGUCCUGUCUGUGGCUGUAAGCUUCCCACUUGUCAUCUUCCCUUGCCGUGCCAGCCUCUACUCUUUACUGUUUCGCAGGGCCAUAGUAUACCAUGAGGGUGCUAGCAGUCAUAUUCCAGAAAAUCGAUUCAAAUGGAUCACAAUUUUUCUAGUCGGUGCGUCACUUGGUGUUGGACUUCUUAUCCCUAACAUAGAGCUUGUGUUGGGCAUUGUUGGAUCAACAAUAGGUGUUCUCAUCUGCGUGAUCUUUCCUGCUGCUGCCUUCAUCAGAGUUUCACCAAAGGCUUCCAGUGAAAGACUUGCAGCACAGGCAGUACUGUUUACAGGGGUGCUUAUUCUCUUCCUUGGUACCUAUGCUACAUUGUAUUCAGCAUCAGAGGCAGCUUCGACCAAGUUGGAUGUGCCACUGGAGUCAGGGAAACUUCUUCACGAAGGACAAUCUGGAGUUAUCAAAAAUAAGCUUCAUGACAAAAAUAUUGCAGGUGAGGUGGCAGACACACUGGCAAAGGCACAGGCUGCUGUGGAUCCGGCAGCAGCUGUCAACAAUAAGAAACCUCCCGAGGAGCUGGUGGUGCCAGAUGCGAAGCAACCGGCUGUCGAGGCGGGACCUCCGGCACCCGAAGUGCGCCGGGAGCCGCCAGUGCCCGCAGCCCGCCAGGAGCCUCCUGUGCCCGUCGAGCCACCUGCUGCACCGGCAGAGGUCCCAGUUGCCGCACCUCUGAAGGCAGUGACAGCUGGAGCACCAAAAGAGGAAGCUGCGCCAGUGGCAGCUGUCCACAUGGAUGUGGCACCAGCAGCAGCAGUUGAGGAACCACCAAAGGCAGAAGCAGUAGCGGUAGCUGGAGACCCAGGAGAGGGGCAUGCGCGGGCAGAAGCUGCAGUCAAGGUGCAGGAUAAACAUGAGGAAAGUCCACAACAACAGCGAGUGGCGGAGGACGCCAUCCGCAAGGAGGACAGCGAGCUGGCGGAGGCGCAGAGGCAGGCGGACUCGGAGAAGGAGCGGAAGGAGGCGGAGCUGCUGGAGACAUUGGCUCGCCACAAACAGGAACAAGAGCAGCUGCUGCGUGAGCAGAAGCACAUCCUGCAUGAGAUGAAGCAGCAGCAUGAGAAGCUGCAAGCCGCGGGCGAAGGUAACUCUCCAAAAGAUCAAACCAAGAAUGUUACAGAAAAACUAAGUAAAAAGAGUAAGCCAUCCGCAGAUGAAACAAUUAAAGAAUCUAAUGCUCAGUCAAAUAUGGUGAAACCUGUAGAUGUUGGUAUGAAACGUAUAUUGCAUGAAGUCGAAUUGAACGAUAAAGCUGCCCAAUCCAUAGCAAACCCACUGCCAGCAGAAUCAGUGAAAAGCCCAAACCAGCAGGCUCUCAAUGUUGUUAAGCCCUCGAAGGCCAGUGCUAUAAAUGCACCAAAACAGAUAGCAGCAGAAAGUGGAAUUGCACAGGCAGGAGCUUUCAAUCAAAACACAGCAAAUCAAAAAAGUCUGGAGACUAAAUCGAAAGUAGUUGUGGCAAAGGCACAGGGUGAAAGACAGAAACAGGGAAGCGCUGGAACAGUGAAACGUAACGAGGAGGAGAAGUCACCCCAGAUUCCAAGUGCACAUCCAGGAGGAGUGCAGGUGCCGUCUUUGGCAGACAUUGUGUACAGCAGGAAGGCGGUGCGACCUGUGCCUGCCGAUAGCGUCGUCCAGAAGAAUGCAGCAGAAGUUUCAUCAGGCACUGUACUUUUGGAUCGCUUAAAGGGCAAUGUUAAAUCAGGCAAAAAGGAUAAUGCAGGAAAACAGACACAAGAAGAAGCUGGCUCACCACAAGAGCUAGUAGCAGAGGCACACGCUAGGGAGAAACGGGAGACGGAGGCAGCCGCUGAAGAAGGGAACUGCGACAUUGCAGAGAAAGGAGCCAGCUCUCAUCUUCAACAGUCAGGCGGCACAGUGUUGGCAGAAGCUGGUGCAAAGCAGUCAGAAAACAAUGGAUCUUCAAUGUAUCUGCCUCACAUUGCUCCCAACAAAAGGGACAACUCUUCCACAUUACUUAGUGCGACAGAGAACAGUGCAAAGCCUGUACUGGUGGAGGAUGUCUCUGUUCCGAAGGAUCCGUCCAGAGAAUCUGUUGUAAAAGAUAACAAGAUUUUGAGUAUAAAGUCACCAGAAAUGGAAGAGGAAGUAGUAAGGAAGGUAGCAGAUAACUCUAGUAGUCUUGUAUUGUCAAGUGAUGUGGUAACAAGAGAUUUUAAUCUGAGAUCUGUCUCAGAGUUGGGAAUCAGCAGUGUAACUGGGGCUCCCCAACACGUGAGGAGCUACACAGAUGUUGCGGUAGAUGCAGAGAAGGCCACGGGUGCUCCUUUUGAGGUAAAGGCCCCACAGCACCUGUCAUCUCCUGAUGUCAGUCUUCCUCCAUCAAUUGUCGACUCGGAUGACCGUCUAUCAGCUGCCGGUGUUAAGCCACUGUCCCGCGAUCUGAAGUCUGCUAAAGAUGAUGAGGCAGAAGACAAUACAUAAAGGACAAUGUUUGCUUGUGUGUUCACGAGUUCUGAGGAAAAAGCAAAAUUUGUGUAUGUAAAUGUGGCAGUGCAACUUGCCCUGUGUUGAUGAAAUUGGCCACAUGGUUUCAUGACCGAGAAUACGUUGAUGCGAUGUUCAGACUGCUUUAUCCUGUCGAAAAAUUGUCCAAAUAAUGACAUAUCACACCUGUCGUGUGUGGCCUGUAGGUCCAUAAAGACUUUUGUCAUUCCAAGCAAUGGUGUAUGCAAUUAUUGUUGCAGUUACUGUAUAGCAGGUAUUUAUGAUGGUGUAAUUAGUUGUAUCCCCCCCUCCCCCCAAAUGUGUAAAUGUGGGCACUUACUUCAGUAUCUCUGUUGAUAAAAGGAAAUCUAGUCAAUUACCCUAGCCUAAUGCAAUUUACUCAUUUUGUGUAAGAGGAUCUCCAUUGUGUAUUGAAACACCUGUGGCUGAAACCCAUUAUGUACUUAGGUAUUGUGAUGUAAUGCACAAUUAAAACUGGCCUUUGACCAUUUGCCAAGACCGAAACAUUUCAGCUGUGAAAACAUAUGUGCGCAACCUUGUGACAGUUUCUGGGCUUAGUAUAAUUAGUUAUUAGUUUUUGGUAUUUUCUGUAAGUAAUAUACACCUAUUUUUUUUCUUUUUAAAAACAUAGUAAUAUGUCACAUUCCUUGAAUUAUUGCAUUACAUUACAAAAUGUCCAUCAAAAUUUAUAUGAACAUAGAAUAACAUAUCAGGUCACUAGCCUAGACCAGUAUGUAUAUUUUUAUAAAUGAAUUGAAAUUGCAGUCCUUUUGGUGUUGUCGUAAAGUUUUGAUGCAUAAAUUCUGUACCAAACAACACUUAUAAGAUGGCAGGACUUCCAGUACAUAAAGUUUUGGUUAUUAAUUAAAAGGUGGCUUGAUAGCUCCUUAGGAAGAGAUGUUUAUACAUGUAACAAUCUGUGUUUUUAGCUAUGUAUUUUUGAGACAAAUUCUUUCUAUGUGUAAUGCUCGCAUAUUUCUGUUUGUGCAGUGAUUAACUGUUUGAAGCAGUUCCAUUGCUGCUAUAAAAUGAAAUACUUGAAACCUGUCAUUGAAUACUAGCCAGAAGUCACAAAAAUACUUUGAAAGCUGAUGAGUAACUUUAGGUAAUGUUGACUCUUUGUGUGGAUGCAGAAAUGUUGUAACUCAUUGUAGAAAUGCCUGAAAAGUUUCGCUUGAAAUGAUUAUCCUAGCCACCCUGCAGUUUCAAUUUGAGUCAUUCAAACAGUGGUGCUUUCAACAGCAUAGCUGACCUGUGACAACAGACCUUUCUCUGUUUACCUUAAACUCCUUGGUACUGUACUCAUGUUUCAGAGGUGCAAUUGUAUCAAGAAAAUGUGCCACACCCGAUUUUGUGAUAAUGACUUUGUGGAGUGUUCCUUUAAGUAAUAACUGCUUACCCACCAGCUGUGGUGGCCGUAUGGAAUUUACUAACAGAAGUACUGUUUUUAUGACUCAUGAUCAGGUCUUAAAUCUGUAGACUGAAUCAGCCACAAAAUUUAAGGUUGUCAUUCAGCUCUCUAUAUUACACUUCUAAGCUUUUCUUAUUUACCUAUUUCCUUUACAAUUUGUUUAUCUUACCAUAGUUCUGUCAUUACAGCUCAUCUCUUGCUCUUGUUAUAAAAGUUCCUUUCUUUUGGUUUUUAAAAUUCUUGCUAGUGAUGUAUUGUCACUGCUAGUGAUGUAUUGUCACUCAUAUUUUGUGUUUUCUUUUUACAUUUUUUUAUUGUUUUUUUUUCUGAUUUUAAAUUAAUUUUGUCAGAUUUGGUAAAUAGAAAUAUUUAUAAUGCUAUCCCUUUUCAUUUUCAUGUGUGAUCUAUACAUUCUGGAUGUUUCCAUUUUUGUUAAACAUGGUGGUCAAUUUUUUGAAGAAAUCCCAGCUUACUACAUGUCCAAUAAUCCAGUGACUACUUGAAUAAUAAGCCAUGACAUAUUAAAUUGGAUUUUGAUUGUGAUAAAUUAUGAAAUAAUGGCAUUAGUAAUGUAGUCUUAUAUUUGAGGAAUUAAUGAAAGUAACAAUGUUAAUAAUGUCUGUUUUUAGAAUAAUUUUAUACUUGUCAGCAAAUUUUCCAUUCUUGUCUCUCCUGUUUCCUUUGUGUACUGCUUCUUUCUCUUUUUUAUCUACCUUUGGGCUGGUAUAAUGUAGCUCAACAUGAUUUCCUCUCCCGUGUCAGUUUCUCCAUCUCAAAACAGCACUUACAAGCCACAUUGUCAAUUAUUUGUUGUGUGUAUUCCAAUCUCUGCCUUUUCCUACAAUUUUUGGCCUCCGCUACUACCUCCAGUACCAUGGAAAUUAUUUCCUGGUGUUUUAAUAUGUGUCGUAUCAUUCUAUCUAUUCUGUUGGUGUUUUCUGCAUGGUGCUUUUCCCUCAAUUCCAUGGAAAACCUACCUCAUUUCUGAUCACUCCAUCCUCAACAUCUCAACUGCUUAGAUUCUCUUCUCUUCCAGUUUACUGACAUUCCAUGAUUCACAUCCAUACAGUGGUGUGUUUCUAAUGUACUUUCUUGAAUAUUUCUGUUCAAAUUAAGGCCAUUGUUUUGUACCAGUAGAUGUAUUUUGGCAAGGAAUGCUCUCUUUGCCUGUGCUAGUUAGCUUCUUAUGUCCUCAUUGCUUCAUCCAUCAUGCAUUACUUGCUCCUAAGACAUCAGAAGUCUUUUACUUUUUCUAUUCGUGAUCCAAAAUUUUGAUUGAAAGUUUGUUGCCAAUCUAAUUUGUGCUUCUUCUUAGUACUUUCAUCCAUCUUUAGUUUCAGUACAUAUUCUGUACUUAGAAGACUAUUCAUCCCCUUCAGUAGGUAGUGUAAUUCUCCCUUACUUCCUCACUUUAAGUACUGCUCUCUAGGGAUUAUUAUUCAUGUCAAACUGUGUGUGAUUUCCUCCCCUUCAAUAUGCAAAAGUUUCUCAAACUGUCAGCAUAGAAUUAUUUAGGAAAUUAUACUGUGAUGAUAUGUUGUUUUGUUGAUAGAUGUACCAGUAGAUGAAGUUACUGAGAAUAUAUAGCUUGCUUGUUGAUGGCUGAUUACAUUAUGGCGGUUUUGGGCCACUCACUAAGUGUAUCUGUUCAGUGCAGCUCUCUCUCUCUCUCUCUCUCUCUCUCUCUCUCUCUCUCUCUCUCUCUCUCUCUCUCUCCCUCUCUCUCUCUCUCUCUCUCUCUCUCUCUUUUAUUCCUUUCUCAUAAGGCACUCAGAAUUAUGCAGCAGAGGCUGUUUGUUGCAUAUUUUGAAUUGCUGGAUUAUUUUUAGGUGUGCAUAUAUAAUCGUCAUUAUAUAGAUUUUUAACAUUUGGGUACCUUAUCAUCUGUGCUAUUUAGCUGUCUCUUUGCUGUCAUAUAUUCUCGACUUCUUUUUAAUGCAGCUUCAUUUGAACAAUUUUGUACAGCCCAGUAAAUUAACUGCAGUGCUCCCCACCAUUAUCAAAACUAUAUGUUGUUUUAUGGUGCUAAUGGCUAACUGUGUAGAUUGUUAUUUAUUACUCAUAAUUAACCCAAACUGUUGAAAUAAAUGGACUGCUCAGACACAGUGUAUUAGUCAGCCUCUUAGCUUUUUGCUGCACAAGUUCAGAUGUUUAUGAGACAUACUGUGAAGUAUACUGGGAAGAAGUCAGCUUUUAGUAGCUGUUGCUGUGGCAAGGUUGUUUAUUUGAGUCAUAUUUCAGCAUAGGGCUUCAUAGCUCAAUGCAGUGGGAGAGAUGUUUAUUCUAACCAUGUUGCAGUAUUAUCAGACUUCAAUAAUAACAUGGUAGAGUGUGAAAGGUUUAUAUGAAUAUGCAUAAAGAAAAAAAAGGUAGAUGACUGGUGUUUGUUGACUACAGUUUGCUUAUAGUAUAAAUAAAUAAUUUCCAUACUUCUCACCCAGUGUAAUUACUUUAUAGGCUGUUAUAGAUCAUGAUAACAUUUCUGAGGAACUUACUGAAUUCUAAAUGGAUCUCCUUCAUCUGUGGAAGUCCCUCUUUUCAGGUUUUAGGUUGCGCACUUUGCCCACAGUUAAAAUUUCUAAUCUAAUUUGCAUGAUGCGCUAGCAGAGGAAUGCAAAUUGUUCUUUCAUCUGACUUGUUUUCCAUUUUUAGGGAGAAAAAUUCAUGCCCCUGUUCCUUAGCAUCUUGUAUAAAUAAAUAGUACUUUGUUAAAGUCAGUGAGGUAAGUGCUGCAUCUCAUGUCUCUCCUGAUGAGGUAUUUGGAACAACUUUCUACACAUCACAUUAUGUAGUUUUUCAUGUUUUUAUCUGCCUGUUCCUUGUGAGAAAGGAACUAUUUUGGAAAUUUAGAAAUCCUUUCUCUCUAUAGUCAUCUGCUUACCUGGAAGCCCUGCCCUGGUUGAUUCUGUAUCAGCAGUCCUCAAGGAAGUUAAUUCCCUUCUGUAACAGUAUGUUGAUAACAUUUGUUUUUAUUUACUUCACUGAAUCUGCAUGAACCCAAAUCUACAAAUCAGUAUUUAAUUUUUAACAAUAAUAUUAUAAAAUUGCAGGCAGUAUCGUCAAAUUAACUUCUGCUGUUACACAGUAAUUAAACAGAGGUAAACAAAUCUAAAACACCUUACCCAACAUAUGAAAAUUAUAACAAAACUUCCUGUGGUACAUUAAAACAAACUAACAUAUAAGUAGAGAAUCUGAGUAUUUGUUUCUACCAUUCACUUUGCCUGUUACAUGAAUGUCUUGACACACAGUCUCAUAUGCUGGUAGGGGUAAACCUGUUUGGUUAAAGAUCUACAGUUAUUGUUAGUAAGUGUGAGCCAUUACCAGCAGUAUGUUUCACCAUAAGCUGAGAAAUUCCCAUGAUAUCUGGUAUUAUGAAUUAGUGUUGCAUCAAAUCCUAAAACAAUGUGUCUGUGAAGCACAUAAUCUCCUAGUGGCAUUAAUGAUUCAUUCCACAUUGGUACUUUGCUAUUUAGCUGAUGUGAUUAAUAUUAGUUGGCAUUGAUAAUGCAGAUGACACUCAACAAUGUGACUGGUGCUGUAUAGCGCAUCAACUUCUAAGACUCAUGGGUAUACUGUUGCCCCUCACAUCACUCUCAAUGCUGCUUUUGUUUUCAGCAUCACUAGUACUAAUCAUAAGCAUCAUGAGUGGUGUAUCAUGUUUAUCCUUAGAGAAAGAUUCAAAAGGUCCUUUGAAUUAAUGUCUUUGUUAUCUAUGAAACAUAUGGCUCUAGCUAAUUUAUACUAAGUGAACAUUCUAGUGUUAAUUUAUGUCUCAAAUAAGGAUAAAGUUGACAUUCAGUAACGUCAGGGGUUUCUUAAAACCACAAACAUAAUUAUGUUCUUCAUUCUUGGUACUGGAUCCCAUGGGCAAAACAUAGAGUAUUGAUUGAAUUGUAAUUCUUAUCGUAUCAUAGCUUGAGUUAAUACUACACUAAUAAAAUGGGAGACUCUUCUAUCUCAGUGCAGAAUGAUUCAGCAAAAGAUGGACUGUUUAACAUAUUUCCAACGUUAACUUCUCACAUCACUUUCUGCAACAUUACUCUCCUGCCCUUCCUUCUCAUUGUUUCAAAGCGUGUGACAUUGUCUUUUGCAAAAUAUCCUCUUGCAUUGCCAAUAGCAUCAAUGUUGUUGACAUUAAACAGAUCACCAGAAACACUCACAUGAGAUAUCUGCUUACAUUCUGUAGUGGUUCAGCCAUAAUUAAAUAGUUAACAGUUAAUAGACACAGCAACAUUCAAAUGAUAUCACUACCAUGUCACCCUUAGCUCUCUAUAAUGAUGAAAAUCUUAAUAAUCAGUGGACAAUCUGAGUAUUAACAUCACAAAUUAAUCUUUUUUUUUUUUGCCUAGGUCUGUUUACCUUCAGCUGUAUAAUUUUAAACUGACUCAUUUCUGUAUGUCUUUUCAUGGUAUCACUCUCAGCUAUAUUUGUCUCUUGAUUUUAUCUGCAUAUUUUCCUUACUACUUUCCUCUCUUCUGUGUAUAUUUUCCCCAUGUUUUCCCAUUCCCUGUCAUUUAAUUUUUUGGUUUGUUUUAAUUAUAGUUGCAGCUAUUUACCUGCCUAACCAUCUUUUACAUUGUUUAUACAUUUUUUCCCUUUUUCCAUAUUAUCUUGUUGAAAGAUUGAAAGAAAGGGAUAGCUGCAGAAUUUAAAAUUUUACUUUGUUUUUAAGUGUAAACUAGCUUUUAGUGACUCAAAAAGUAAUUUUCUUGACUUUGUUUCUACUCAGUUGUACAAACUGUUUCUUUUGUUUGCAAUUUUGUUUACAGUUGUUCAGAAAUGGAAACUAACUGUGAUUCCAAACCUUUGCACAAUUUUUCUUGUGUCUGAUAAUGUUGACAUGUUUAGAUUUUAGUGAGAAGUACGAAAUAAUGUGAACGAGGUGUUAAAAGGAAGAAUGAAUUAAGGCACUGACAAUAUCAGUAACUGUCGGUGAGAGUUUUAAAGUAUUGUUACAAAUACAAUCAAACAUUCCAUCACGUGAAAAGACUCUUUGCUGAAAAGUAGUUUUAAGACUGAUUGUUGCUAUAUAUAGUGGACUAUUAAGACUGCCACGGAAGUAUUUCCUGUAUGAGUUUUGAGGACUGACUUACAAAAUUAGUUUUUCAAAUAUAUAAGUUAUUUAGGGAAGAUGGUAAUGUGGGAAAAUGUGACUAGAUUAUUUUUUCUGUGUUAUCAGUGCCGCCGUUAAUUUCACAAGAAACUGGCAGUAAUAUUACGCAAAUUUUAAAAUAUUCAGAUUAUAUUGAGAGAACAUAUAAUCUCUUAGAAAUAUUUUGUCGUUUUAUGAGGAAAUCACUAUUUUUCUUUUGUAUAUAGAUGAAAGGUUUAAGGAACAACAUUUUUUAUGAUAGGUAAAGAGAAUCCAACUAUAAAAUUCGUUUUUGGAAUCAGAAUGCAGAUUUUUUAAUAACAGAUUUGUAAUGCUGAAUAAGCUCUAAGGAUGUUAAUCUAGAUUUGUAAGAUACUUUUUCCAAUGUUAUGUAGGGUAUAAAUGGAUUAUUGUAUAUGUGUGACGAUGAUUUAAACUGCGAGAAAAAUGAGAGACUGCUUUUUUAAAACGUAAAAUUGCCUACUAUGUAUCAUUAAAUAUAUUGUGUAAUUGUAAUGUUAUGUGCGUAUUUUCCCUUUUUUCUCGGUUCAUGAUCUCUUCAGUUAGUCACUUAGCUGCUGGAUGUUAGAAGUUUGACUUAGAAAAAUUGUGUGUUUUUGAUGUUGUUUUCUGUUAGAUGUACACAUACUUUAUCUGUGCCAAAGACUUCUUAAAUAAAGUGAUAGUAUUGCGAAAAUAAA